UGGAACCAUAGCUACAACCAUGCUUCGAACACUUGCUCUUCUUUGCCUUCUGGCACCCGCUGCCUUGUCGCUUUUCUUUGAUUCGACCCGUCCGGUUGGCUUUAGAUAUAAGUUCGAACUUAACCCUUUAGGGUUUGAAGUAACCAAUUUCCUCAAUGGCCCACGGUCCAACACCAGUGCUGCAUCUAAAGGCUGGGUGAACGUGGAGAGGCCCUACAGCGCUGCAGGAUACGAAGCCCUGCAGCUCUGGUGCCCUGCAAAGGACUAUUCAGUCUGCAUACUUACUGACGAAACUGGUUACACUGCUGGUAUGCAUAUCUCGAUUCCAUACGACAAAUUCACCCCAGCUUUGGAUAUGGCGGAACUUGGUUUCAAAAUCUGGUCACCUGAAGUUGACGGAACUACCAUCAAGUACUACACCAAGGCUCAAUACUUCGUGUCUGCUGAUGCUGCCACCCGUAUAGCCUACGCAAAGCCUGAUAAGGACCUAAUCAGGGCCGAUUACGUAGCUGUAGAAGGUUUUAAUGGUGAGCUGGUGCAAAUCGGCAAAGACUUCAGCAACCUGGACAGUAUCUUCACUAAGCAAGCCUGCAUCCCUUGGAUGGGUCUCCACUACUACUACGACAUGAGCUCAUCCCUGGAAUGCAGUGCUUCCACCAUUUUGACCUGGUUCCCAUUGUACGAAAAGAAAGCGCUUAUUGGAAUGGGCUUCUUGGUUCCUGGUACUCUGACCCUAGCUAAGGGAGACAACGACAACUUUGAACACCCGAAGAAAAGCGAUGUUGAGAUGAUCGUCAACUCAGGUCCUCAGUGCUUGUACGAUAUGGUGGGCGAAAGUGGUGUCAUCACCUUGCAUACUUACUUCAUUGAAACCCCUCGUCAAGUACUUUGUCUGUAAAACAACUUUCAAUUCAAAAGAACACAUUUCAGUCCACUUAAAAUUCAAUUCCACAUGUUUUUUUAAUACAAAUUGUUAUGAAGAAAUCAGAUUACUAAAAUAAUUAAAGCAAGAUCAUAAAAUGUUCA